CAGCAGCAGCAGCAGCAGCGGCAGCAUCUCUCUGCUGGGGAGGAGGGGAGUGCACAGGCUGGGCUCACUGCUGCUGCUGGGCUGUGUGCGCUGUGCACUGCAGACUGGUCCUCCUGCCUCAGGCUGCCUGGGUGAGCCAGGAGGGGGAUCCCUUUAUGAUGCAGAGCUAAGCUGUCAUUGCUGGCUUGAUGUGUAACAGGUAAAGAGAGCAGCAUAGGGCUACAGAUCACCUGCAACUGGAUGGAAGCCAGAGGCUAGCUGCUGAAGCAUGAGUGCAGUAUCCCAGCACCAGGCUGUGCAGAGCCACCUGGAGAAGCCGGCAGGAAAUGCAAUCCUCUGCAACAACUGCGGCACAGCGUGCAAAGGAGAGGUCCUGCGGGUGCAGGACAAAUAUUUCCAUAUCAAAUGCUUCACAUGUAAAGCGUGCGGAUGUGACCUUGCGCAGGGCGGCUUCUUUGUGCGGCAGGGGGAUUACAUGUGUACAGUGGACUAUCAGAAACUGUACGGGACCCGGUGCUUGAGCUGCGAUCAAUUCAUAGAGGGAGAAGUGGUUUCCGCACUGGGCAAAACCUACCAUCCCCGUUGCUUUGUGUGCGCUGUGUGCAGAAACCCGUUCCCUCCUGGCGACCGUGUGACUUUUAAUGGCAAGGAGUGCAUAUGCCAAAAAUGUUCCAUCUCUCCCACCGUUGGCAACAGUAAUUUAUCUAUCCAGUGUUUGAGAAACUGCGGUGGCUGUGGUUUGGAAAUAAAAAAUGGCCAGUCGUUGGUGGCACUGGAGAAACACUGGCACUUGGACUGUUUCAAAUGCAAAAUCUGUGGCGUCCAUUUGAAGGCAGAGUAUAUUAGCAAAGAUGGGAUUCCUUAUUGUGAAAUGGAUUAUCACGCUAAAUUUGGCAUAAAAUGUGAUCACUGUGAGAAGUUCAUCACAGGCAGAGUGCUAGAGGCUGGAGAAAAGCAUUAUCACCCAACCUGCGCGCGAUGUGUCCGGUGCAGCCAGAUGUUUGCCGAGGGCGAGGAGAUGUACCUGCAAGGGAACUCUAUAUGGCAUCCGAUAUGCAGGCAAGCUGCCAAGACAGAAGAAAGAAACAAGGAAACAAGGACGUCUUCAGAGAGUAUCAUCUCAGUGCCGGCUUCCAGUACAUCUGGAUCCCCUAGCAGAGUCAUUUAUGCAAAACUUGGCGAUGAAAUUAUUGACUACAAGGAUUUGGCGGCUCUUCCCAAAAAUAAGGCCAUCUAUAAUAUUGACCGUCCCGAUAUGAUCUCCUACUCUCCAUACAUCAGUUACUCAGCAGAGGACAGGCAUAGUUACGGGGAGUCACCUCAGUUGCUCUCUCCAACACCUACAGAGGGAGAUCAGGAUGAUCGCUUAUUAAAACAGUACAGGGCGUCCAGCCCGAGCUCCACCGGCUCAAUCGGCUAUGGCCGCUACACACCAACAUCUCACUCACCGCAGCACUACAGCAGACCAGCUGGUACUGACCCGUUCGGUACCAGUAGCUGCAUCUCCCUGUCCCAACAUACAAGCCCCACAUCUACAUUCAGGCAUCAUUACAUCCCUUUCUUCAAAGGCAGUGAAAGUGGCCGGAGUACUCCCAGCUUGUCCAUGUGCUCAGACUCCAAAUCUUCAUCUUCUUCCUAUCAGCAGGCGCCUAAGCAUUUCCAUGUCCCAGACACUGGAGUUAAAGAUAACAUCUAUAGGAAACCCCCUAUCUACAAACAGCAUGCAUCGCGGAGGUCUGUGGGUGAGGAACUCAACUUAGAUCCAGAAAGCAGGAAGGUGAAAACUAACUGGCUGAUUCUUAAAGGAGAGAUGGAUGUCCAGAGUAACUCUACAGACGUAGACUCGCGUUCCCUUUGCCUAAGCUCUGGAACCUAUAGAGAUCCAUCUCAGAGGAACCCAGGAGAUUGUUGUUACUCAGGGCUGCCUUACUCCAAGUCUGCGUCACUUCCUGGGUAUGGUAAAAAUGGACUAAAUCGAGCUGCCAACUUCGGUCAGUACCAUAUGGAGGAUGAUUCCAGCUGGGGAAUGAAAGAAUACAAGGUAAGAAGUGUGAGACCAGCGCAGACAGACUGCAGCAAUGCACCUCUCCUGUACAAGACCUACCCCUACGAAAUGCUGAUUGUAACAAACCAACUGAGAGUGAAGCUUCCAAAAGACGUGGAUAGAACCAGACUAGAGAGACACUUAUCAUUGGAGGAUUUCCAGCAUGUCUUUGGGAUGACGAUCGAGGAAUUUGAUCGCCUGGCACUGUGGAAGCGAAAUGACCUGAAGAAGAAGGCGCUGCUUUUCUAGCCUCUGUUACGUGUUUACUCCUGCCAGAACUGCCAAACGUAGUUACCACUCUUGAUUUGGAAGACUAAGACGAGACUGUUCCAUGGGGCCAGCCGGUUUAUGCAUCUCCUUCCAGCCACGCUCGUGUCUACUCCACGUUGCUUUAUUUAGAUUAUCUCUCGUAGCCCUGGAACAUAACAAUACUGACCACUGUAAAUCAGGAUUACAACAGCAGUAUGUUUAACUCAUGUAUCCACAUCUAAUUCACGUGGUUCGACAGUGAAGGCCAAAGACUUGCAUGUAAGCCAUGUUUGCCCUCAUUUAUAUGUUCUGUACUAUCAAAGUGAAAACUAGACUAACCAGCUAACAAAACUUGUCAUAUGUUCCAGAACACAGCAACGCUUACUACAUCUGAGUGUUCACUAACACUUACUGACAUAUAAAGUAACUGAAGUUUAGUACCUGUAUAUCAUUUAAAAAUGUUAGGAUUAUUGUCUCCCUUUUAUAUUUAUUUUAUAUAUUAUAUUAAGCCAUUUUAGUUGGCUUAGCCAACGUUCAUGAUAAUGCAGCCUAUCCAUUCACCAGGAGCCAGUGACAUCACUGAGAUAGGAGGCACGGAGUGACAUCACUGGUUCCCUGCUAAUAGAUAAGUUAUGUUACCAUGAACCUUUGGCUGAUACCAACUAAGGGGUCUAUUCAUGAAGAAGUGAAAAGUGUGGAGAAGUGAGCCAGUGGAGAAGUUACCUAUUGCAACGAAUCAGAAUUGAAGUAACAUUCAUAAUUUGCAUACUAUACAAUUGUACGGAGCAGCUGAUUGGUUGCCGUAGGCAACUUCUCAACAAGCUCACUUCUCCACUCUUUUCACUGCUUCAUGAAUAGACCCCUAAAGGCCUACAUCCACUCAGUGUGGAAGUUGGAGCUGCAGCUGCCCGGUUAGCAAUGUUCUGUGAUGCCUGGGCAUAAUAACAUGUCCUUUACAGGCAAAAUCUCUAUGAUAAGCAUUGAUUCCAUCCGAUUAUGAUGCCAUGUCUCCCCACAUGAUAUAUUUCUCCCUGGAUAACUUGCUCCACUUUCGGCUUUCCCCCUCUUAAUUCCAAAACGAGAGAAUAUGGACUAAAUUAAGUAAUUAGAAGGUAAUUAAAAACUAAUUUAAAAUCAAUUACUUAAUGGAAUCAUGUUUCUGUAUGCUGGAGAAUUGGGAGUAGAGCAAUAGUAGAAAAUGUGAUAUUGAUUACAGUAGCAUCUUGUCCUACACUUUAUGUUUGCAUUUUUAAAACACUAUACAUACUACCAGGGACGGACUGGGGCUGCAGAGCAGGUAUGACUCACAGGGGGUCCUGGCCCCAUGGCAUGCCCUGUAUACCGGAAGCGGGUGAGACGGAGGGAGGUGGUCUGCAACACUCGAUGGCUACCGCUGAAAGGUGCUGGCUGGGCCACGGGCCAAUCCAAAAAUGGGAGCGGGGCUUAGCAGGUGUCGGGCGGAGCUAUGCUCCGUGUCCCUGCACCCUGCAAAAAAAAUAUAUAUUUGUUUAGACUGUGCCAUCGAUGGAGGGAAACCAUCUGGUUCUUUUCCAUCAAUGGCAAAAGCAUUCCACAUUGACCAUAAACCAUCGAUGAUUUUGAAUAAUCGAUGGUCGAUGGCCAUCCCUAACAGGCAGCCGAGCAGAGAGUCAGAAGGAUUUGUUGCUCGGCCAGCCCCGCUCUCUGUGUGGCGGACCAGCCCUUCUGGCGUUUGCCAGGACCAGGAGUGCCAAAUGGCCAGUCUGGCCAUGUUUAAAACCCAGCGUUUUUAUUUAAAGCCGUCAGUGAUCAACAGCUUUGACCAGUCUACCCUGGGGGUAUUUUAACUAAAACAAUGAGUGAUGUUCCCCAUAAAAACCAAUUAGUUUCUGUCUAUCAUUUUCUAGAAUGCAAAUGAUAAUGAUAACUAGAAUCUGACUGGUUGCUGGGUGCAACACAAUUGCAUAAAGAUGGAAGAGGAAGACACUGCAGAUAUAAUUACUUUGGGGUUUCUUUGUAUUGUUAUCCAUUGUGUUAUUAUUUGCAUAUUUGUACGUCUCUGUUGUGCGGCUGUUGUCACACCCCCAUGGGUGAUCGCACAUGUUAUUACACCCUUCCACCUUGCAGUCUGUGACUGUUGCUUGGUGAGCAUGUGCUGUUUGCCCAUUUCAUCCACCUUGAUCAUGAUACCGAUUUUCUCUCAGUUUCCUCGUGUCAUUUUUAGCUCACGUCAGCCUCAUUGAUGCCUUUAAUAAAUAGCUCAGUACAGAAA